AUGGGAAAGAAUGCUGAGAAAAAGCACGAGGCGCAGCAGUUGCUGCCAAAAAACAACGCGAACAUGGCUAAAUCAGCAGCUGAAAGAAAAAGAGAGCAAAGGGAGAGACUUAAAGCUAGUAAUAAAUUUCAAUCCUUUAAAGAAAAUGAAACCAAAAAACAGAAGAGUAGGCGUAUAGCAAAGAAAAAGUCAAUAACCAUUGAUGAUAAAGAAGCUCUACGAGCUCCUGUAAUUAAUGCUGAUGAAAAUUCUAUGGAAUUUACAGCCCAUGGAAUUGGUGCAAAUGAAGGUAGAAAUGAAUAUUUCUUUAAAUUUGUGUUCUUCAGAAAAAUUGAUUCAAAUAUUCAAGUUUCAAUGAAGCAAAUGGCAAUUGAAAUUUUGAUCAAUAAAAUAGAGCCUGAAUGGUGGCCAAGGCUAACUCAAGAUUCUUAUAAACCUGCCUGGUUGAAAUUAGAUUUUGAUAAGUUGAAAACAGAUGAUGAAGAAGAGGAUGAAGAGCUUAAUACACCAUCUUAUGAUGCCGAUCGAACUUUAUCACGCAUGCAUCAUCGAAAGAAAAAAUAUCAAACAAGAGUGGAAGAGUUCAGAAAAAUUUACCUAUUCUUGUAUAAUUUAUCCCAAUUCAUUGGUUUUUUGUAUGUUCUAAUUGUUCUCAGCAUCCAUUAUGCUAAAGAUGGUCCAUCAUUUAUGGGAAAAGCAUACCCUAUUGUAAAGAAUGCCUUUAGUUUUUGUCAGUUCUUUCAAAUAUUGGAAGUACUUCAUCCAUUCCUUGGCUACACAUCUGGAAGUGCCAUACCACCAUUUUUACAGGUUUUUGGACGAAUGGUGAUGCUGAUAGGAAUGAUCAAUGGUGAACCUCGUAUACAAUCAAAACCAGCUGUUUUUUAUCUCAUCUACAUAUAUUCACUAAGUGAAGUGUUUCGGUAUCCUUAUUACAUGCUUCGGGUUUAUAAAGUAAACAUUGGUUUCAUUAGCUGGCUGAGGUAUACCAUCUGGAUACCAUUGUAUCCUCUUGGGUUUCUCUGUGAAGGUAUAAUCAUUCUGAGAAACAUACCAUACUUUGAAGAGACACAGAAAUAUAGUAUUUUUCUUCCCAAUCCAUGGAAUAUUUCCUUUUAUUUUCCCACAGUUAUGAGGCUUUAUUUAUUAAUUGGAUUGUUUCCUCUUUUAUACUUUAUGAUGACAUACAUGUAUCGGCAGAGAGUUAAAAUUCUGUGCAGUGAUCGAAACUUAAAAAGAGAUUAGAAUUCAAG